AUGUCGGUGCUGCUGGAGACAUCCGCCGGCGACAUCACAUGCGACCUGUUCCUGGAAGAUGCCCCGAAAUGCUGUGAAAACUUCCUGAAGCUCUGCAAGAUUAAGUACUACAAUUACGCGCCAAUCUACAACGUGCAACCCAAUUUCUCCUUCCAGACCGGCGAUCCCAUCGGACCCGAGUCAAAAGAUAGUGAUGGCGGAGCGUCGAUAUGGGCUUUGCCAGAUGGCGCCACGAAGCGCGCAUCGAAGCCAGAGCGUGCCGUCUUCGCGCCAGAGUUCUCUAGCAAGAGGAAGCAUACAGAGCGCGGCAGACUGAGCAUGGCUACCACCGUGUCCAAGACGAAUCCUGAUGAACGACUCGCCACUAGUCAAUUCAUCGUCACGUUGGGAGAGAAUUUGGAGCAAUUGGAUGGCAAGGCAGCGAUAUUUGGCGAGGUCGUUGAAGGAUUUGACGCGCUGGAGAAGAUUAAUUCGGCUUUCGUUGAUUCGACCGGACGACCACUGCGGGACAUUAGGAUCUUGCACACGGUCGUGCUAGAAGACCCAUACGAUGAUCCACCGGGUCUGGUCGAACCUCCAGCAAGUCCCGUGCCUUCGAAGGAGCAGCAAGCCACUGUUCGAAUUGCGCAUGAUGAAGUCCUCGAGGAGAACGCAGAUCCCGAGCAGCUGGAGAAACUGCGUCGCGAACGAGAAGCACGUGCUCAGGCGCUGACAUUAGAACUCAUUGGAGACCUUCCAUUUGCGGAUGUCACCCCACCUGAACAGAUUCUGUUCGUGUGCAAGCUGAAUCCAGUCACUCGGGACGACGACCUGGAGCUCAUCUUCUCACGCUUCGGCAAGAUCCUGUCAUGUGAAGUCAUUCGUGACAAAAAGACUGGUGACAGCCUGCAGUACGCUUUCAUUGAAUUCGCCAACAAGGAGGACUGCGAACGUGCAUACUUUAAAAUGCAAGGCGUGCUGAUUGAUGAUCAUCGCAUUCACGUGGACUUCUCGCAGUCUGUGUCGAAGCUGUCUGCUGAUUGGAGGAACACAACCAAUUCAAAGACCGCCCGAUCGCGAGGUGGCUUCGGUGGUAUUGAUAGCUUGGAAAAGAGAAAGCAGUAUCGCUCACACGACGGCGGAAGAGAUCGAGAACGGGGUAGUCACUACGACUACGUGUUCGACAAGAAAGAUCGGUCCAAGGACAGCGACCGAGAUGGCCGCAACCGAGACGAUAGACGACAUCGCUCUCGAAGUCGCAGUCGCAGCCCAAAGCGACGACACGGACACAAGGACGACCGCAGAGAUGAUCGUCGACGCGAUGAUCGGCCGAGGGCCCGAAGUCGUGAUCGAUAUCGCGAUGACCGCGACUCUUGUAGGCGCUGA